AACCUGAUUAUUCAAGUUAUAUGACUUCUAGCUCUCCACCAGUUGGAAGCAUUUCAUCCAGGGCAAGACUUCUUCAGGAUGAUAUUACUUUUGGCCUUAGGAAAAAUAUCACAGACCAACAAAAAUUCAUAGGAUCAUCCCUCACUUCAUCCCUUGGAACAGGCUUGGGUACCUUAGGUUCCUCAAUCCGAUCAGCAUUACAGGAUGAGGCAGACAAGCCUUAUAGUAGUGGCACCAGAUCGAGGCCUUCUUCUCGACCCUCCUCUGUCUAUGGACUUGAUUUAUCCAUAAAGAGAGAUUCAUCAAGCUCUUCUUUAAGGCUGAAGGCUCAAGAGGCUGAAGCAUUAGAUGUUUCUUUUAGUCAUGUGACACCCUCUGGCAGAACUAAACCAACAAGUCUGCCUAUUAGCCAGAGCAGAGGAAGAAUACCAAUUGUUGCUCAGAACUCAGAAGAAGAAAGUCCUUUGAGCCCUGUUGGCCAGCCAAUGGGAAUGGCAAGAGCUGCAGCUGGACCACUGCCACCAAUAUCUGCUGAUACCAGAGAUCAGUUUGGAUCAAGUCAUUCAUUGCCUGAGGUUCAGCAGCAUAUGAGAGAAGAGUCAAGGACUCGAGGCUAUGAUCGGGAUAUAGCAUUCAUCAUGGAUGACUUCCAACAUGCCAUGUCAGACAGUGAAGCCUAUCAUCUACGCCGUGAGGAAACAGAUUGGUUUGACAAGCCCAGGGAAACUCGCUUAGAAAAUGGACAUGGUCUUGACCGGAAACUGCCAGAAAGACUGAUUCAUUCAAGACCCCUCAGCCAACAUCAAGAACAAAGCUAUAACCAGGUUGGAGGUGGUGAUGAGAUGAACGGGAAGCCUACACAGUACAUCUUCCCCCAUGCAAGAAUAAAAAUAACGAGAGACCUUAAGGAUCAUACAGUUUCAGGUAAUGGGUUAGGAAUCAGAAUAGUAGGUGGCAAAGAAAUCCCAGGAAGCAGUGGAGAAAUUGGAGCGUAUAUUGCCAAGAUACUCCCUGGUGGAAGUGCAGAGCAGACAGGAAAACUAAUUGAAGGAAUGCAAGUGUUAGAAUGGAAUGGAAUUCCCCUGACUUCUAAAACCUAUGAAGAAGUCCAGAGUAUCAUUAAUCAACAAAGUGGGGAAGCAGAAAUAUGUGUAAGACUGGAUAUCAACAUGCUCUCCGAUUCUGAGAAUCCCCAGCAUCUGGAACUACAUGAACCACCAAAGGCUGUAGACAAAGCAAAAUCUCCUGGAGUGGACCCAAAGCAGCUGGCCGCUGAGCUUCAAAAAGUUUCUCUCCAGCAGUCACCAUUGGUUCUUUCUUCAGUUGUUGAAAAAGGAUCACAUCACUCAGGCCCCACAUCGAGUGCAUCCAGUGCUGUUCCCAGUCCUGGUCAACCAGGAUCGCCCUCUGUGAGCAAAAAAAGGCACAGCAGCAAGCCCACUGAUGCAACAAAGUCUGUCCCCCAUCCAAUUACUGGAGAAAUUCAGCUUCAAAUCAAUUAUGACAAACACCUUGGAAACCUUAUCGUACACGUUCUUCAAGCAAGAAACCUUGUGCCCCGAGACAACAAUGGAUAUUCUGAUCCUUUUGUUAAAGUGUAUCUUCUCCCGGGAAGAGGCCAAGUCAUGGUUGUCCAGAAUGCAAGUGCUGAAUAUAAGAGGAGAACUAAAUAUGUUCAGAAAAGUCUUAAUCCAGAAUGGAAUCAGACAGUAAUUUAUAAAAAUAUCUCCAUGGAACAGCUCAAGAAGAAAACACUGGAAGUGACAGUCUGGGAUUAUGAUAGAUUCUCUUCCAAUGACUUUCUUGGUGAGGUAUUGAUUGAAUUAUCUAGUACUUCUCACCUUGACAACACCCCUCAUUGGUAUCUUCUCAAAGAACAAACAGAAAGUAUUGACCAUGGGAAGUCCCAUUCUAGUCAGAGCAGCCAACAGUCUCCAAAACCAUCUGUCAUCAAAAGCAGAAGUCAUGGAAUCUUCCCUGAUCCAUCCAAGGAUAUGCAGGUACCUACAAUUGAGAAAUCCCAUAGUAGUCCCGGAAGCUCAAAAUCAUCCUCUGAAGGCCAUCUUCGCUCUCAUGGUCCAUCACGCAGCCAAAGCAAGACCAGCGUCACUCAGACCCACCUUGAAGAUGCAGGGGCCGCCAUUGCAGCCGCAGAAGCAGCUGUGCAGCAGCUUCGCCUUCAACCAACAGCACAUAAAAGCGGUCAGUCUAAUCAUACCAGGAAGCAGCACAGACACAGCAUAGCAGGAGUCCUCCCAAUUCAAAGAACUCAGUCUGACAAUCUGCCUCCACCAGCCAAUGACAACAAAGACCCAAGCCAGCUGGCUCUCAGGAAGGUGAUGUCCGAUGGACCAGUCAAGCCAGAAGGAGCAAGACCUACUAAUCACCGACCUGCUGAAAGCUCCAUCUCUACGGGCUCAUCUGCCAGCAGCUUUGGCAGUGGAUAUAGUGUGGACAGUGAAGGAAGUAGCAGCACUGCAGGGGAGGCUAAUCUAUUUCCCAUUCCAAGAGUCGGAAAGAUGGGUCAGAAUGGACAAGAGCCGGCAAAACAGCCAGGAGUAGGAUUAACAGAUGCAGAAGCUAAAACGCAAGUUAUGGGAGAAAUCAAGAUUGCCCUGAAAAAGGAAAUGAAAACAGAUGGAGAACAGCUAAUAGUUGAGAUCCUUCAGUGCAGAAACAUCACCUACAAAUUUAAAUCUCCUGAUCAUUUACCAGAUUUGUAUGUGAAGCUGUAUGUGGUCAACAUUUCUACCCAAAAAAGAGUGAUCAAGAAAAAGACAAGAGUAUGUAGGCAUGAUCGAGAGCCUUCAUUCAAUGAAACAUUUAGGUUUAGCCUGAGUCCUGCUGGGCAUUCUCUUCAGAUUUUGCUUGUCUCCAAUGGAGGGAAGUUUAUGAAAAAGACACUGAUUGGUGAAGCUUAUAUCUGGCUUGACAAAGUGGAUUUAAGGAAAAGAAUAGUAAACUGGCACAAGCUCUUGGUCAGUCCUACUCAAACACACUGAAGAGAGUCUGCUUAGGCUUCAGAACCUUACAGACCAUUAUCUUCUAUAAAGAGCAUCAAAUCAAUUCCAUGGAUUGAUACUAUUGUGUUUAGUUAGGCUUUCAGAGGUGGAGAAAAAAAAAA